GUCAUGUCUUGUUUACGUUGUCCAAAUAACUCCAUGACUUGAGAUCUGCUUUAUCAAUACAGACCCAGACUGUUCGGCACAAAGUUUAUCAGUUAUUCAUACUGUAUAGUCUAACACACAUAGAGCUCGAUCAAAGGAAAACGUUUGAAAUGUCAUCGCUAGAAUAUUUUGAUAUACCAGUACUUGAUUUUGAGGAGGCCCUCAGGAACCCAGGCCCCGGAGGAGAGAGUGUUGUGAGCGCUCUGCAGGGGGCGGGGUUCAUGGGCCUUGUCAAUAUCCCCGGAUUUAAUGUGGACAAACUCAGACAAUGUUGUCAGUGGUUUUUCAGUCAGUCCUGGGAAGUUAAAUCUUCUCUCAUGAAGAAAUCUUUUAACAGUAAAAGCCGGAAUGUGUAUCGAGGAUAUUUUCCAGUCCUGGAGAAUUCACCGAGUAGAAAAGAAGGCUUCGAGAUUGGCGCCGAUAUCCCAGCAGAUGAUCCCGACAUGAUCAGUGGAAACUGGUUUUAUGAAAAGUCCAUCUGGCCCCCAGAAAAUGGAGACUUCAAGUUCAAGGCCACCAUGUUGGAGGCUUAUGACCAACUGCAUCAGAUAGCCAUGGACAUUUUGAAGCUAGCUUCUAUAGGAUUGGGGUUCAAAGAAAAUUGUUUUGAGUAUCUGUUUAGGGACAAGCCUUGCUCGACAUUCAGACUGCUACAUUAUCCUCCCUGGGAAGGAAGUCCGCCAGACAACGCUGUCCUAGACGAAGGUAAGGCGGUCACAACCCCGGUACACACCGAUUCCUGCUUUCUGACUCUCCUAGCAACCUUUCAAUAUCACGGACUGGAAGUUCUGACGCCAGAGGGCACGUGGCUGCCUGUUCAACCAAUCGCUGACGGUCUCGUUAUGAAUGUUGGUGACGUUCUAAGCCGAAUGGUUGGAGGUCGGUUUGUUGCCACUCAACACAGAGUCCUUGACAUUGGAGUGGACAGGUUUUCUGUGCCGUUUUUCUUGGAACCUCGCUUUGAUGCCGAUAUAAGUGUGAAUGUAUUGAAUGAAUCCAAGGAUGAACAUUCUGGAACAAUUGUUAAAUAUGGUCCUUGGGUUUUAAAACGAAUGGAAGAAAAGGGAUUUUUCGAAUUUAAAAACCUUCCCAAGUUUUAAAUUCAUAUCAUUAAAAAAAUAACUCUACUGCUUGCACAGACAACACAUGCAGAUAUUACAUUUGUAUUGCAUACAUGUAGUCAAUAUUAGAAUAAUUUGAGAUUUAGACAAAUGAAAACGUUUCGUAAUACUGUUCAU